AUGUCUGAAGAUAUUUUCACAGUUUUUAAAUUUAUUUUCAAUGAGACAUCUGCAUUGAAUCUCUCACCUGUUUCAAAUUCUACAAUUGUAUCGUACAAUGAAACAACUUUGAUAUUUUUUGGCACAAUUUUUGGCUCCUCAUUUUUAUUAUAUACUAUUUUCUUUCCAUUUUAUUUAAAGUCUUUUCACAAGACUUUUCAGCAUUUUAACAGUGAUCAAUUUUUCUCUGUGAGAGUUUCCAUAUUUUUAACAGUUGUUGUCAUAUAUCCUGCAUUCAUUAUUCUGACAUUUAUUAGUUAUGGAUUUCCAGCGAACAAUUGGGUUUCUGAAGACGAUUGUGAUUUUCUUUCGGUUUUCUCGGCUAUGCGCUUUACACAUACAUACAGCUCGAUCUAAUGAUGCUCUGUGUUUUAUCUACUUAUAUGUUCAUCAAAUAUAAGAUUGCCGAAACUCCAAAACUUACUUAUUCUUGGUGGUUUGGUACACACUUGGUUUGCAUAGUUAUUACAGCUAUUUCAAUCAAAAAUGCCGUUUUCUUGAAUUGGGUAAUUUCGAUAACUUCUGGCGGAUAUCAUGAUCAAUUUGAUGCAAUGAUAUUGAGUUUCUUCAUCGUUUAUAUGUGCACCCAACUUUUCCUAUCAAUUGCUACGAUUCUACAAUUCAACGUCAAAACUACUACUGAAACAAAUCAGAUUUUUGCCUGUCAAAUUAAAAUUAUUGGAUCUAUAAAGUUAUUCUGGCUAUUCAUCAUGCUUGCUAUGUUCUUUGUUAUGGACUAUGAGCAAUUUAUGAUUGGCGCGCUUUUUAUGUGUUUUGACUAUGUUUUAGUGCCAAUCGUAGCUAUGAUGACGGAAAUCAAAUAUUGUCCGACUGCCGAAGUGAAACUAUCAAAAGUAUAG